CCAAGAAGCAGUAGUCUGAUGAUAGGAGCGAGCCUAGCAGAAGUGCCGCGUCACUCGCUGUUCCUCCCUGGGCGUGCGCGCCGCCUCUGCUCGUUAUCAAGAUAGAAGCUUCUAGAACAUUCCACGAUCGGCCGGCGCCGUUUGCGUUUGCCUUUUAAGUAGACAACGUAGCUGCCCCGGGGAGUCACUUCGCGUUGCAACUUGUCUGUGCUGCCUGCCCGAGAGACCCCUGAACUGGACCGGACUAUGGUUUUCAUGUGCGCGUGCUUGUACUCGGACAGCAGGCCGGUCGUCAGGGGCAUCUGGAAACCACCGUGACCCCAUCGCAGAGGACCGGCGCGGAGGGAGGCGACUCGGAACAGCGGGCUUCGUUAAGGUGAGCCUCCUCGAGCGUGAUUUGUGUCUAACGAUAUUGCGACGACUAUAUUGCUGCGCUCAAUUGACUCGAAGGUUUCUUGGUCCGCCGUCGUUACGUCGGGUCCCGUCAGUGACGGAAGCGUGAGGGGUGUCGUCGAACACGAGCUUCAGGUUUAGCGAACACUACGAAGGACUAGCUUGUAUAGGGUUGCCCCUUUUACGCUUGCGUUGCGGACGGCGACCCGUUCCGAAUGCGGUUGCAAACGGCGCACCUUAUCGUGUCAAGGAAUGCCCGCGCGCGACAGAGGUGCUCUUGAACGAUAAGUGCUUCCCGUGCGCAAAUUGGCAUUCGGAAUUUGGCAGUCAGGUGACAUCGACGAACGGGUGUUGCAGCUUUCUCUUCUGCUAACUUCCAUUGUUUCGUUGCAGUCUCGAACCGUUUUUCGCAUUUCAACGACGCCUUUUCGCGUGUUACGAAUGAACCCCGCCAUGACUUUUGGACCACCGAAGUUCCGCUAAACCGCUGCUUUUUCACGUGAGUACAUCAUGUCUUUCUCACUUUCUGUUUUGCUUCACAAGUCCUUGCGCUCAUUGCAGAUCCGACGCCCAUGCACAACACCAUCUGCCAACUGAGCAUUGCCGUGUGGUGCAACUUCCGUGGCUCAGUGUGUUCUUCGGCCAUCUCCGGAAAAACGCCACCUCAUCGUCAGAGCUACGGCCACGGCUGCAAUAUUUUCAUGCGCCUCCCUUUUCCAUGGGUCUUCGAAGAAACCUACGUUUUUUUUUUCUUUUUUCGCGACACCGGCCUUUCGCUCAGCACCCGAGUCUUGCUACUUUUUCUGUCCCGUUUUUCGCGCCCGUCCGUCACCGCAUUUUCAGGUUUCACGUCCCUUUGGGCUCCCGUAUGGGAGCUUUGUCCAGUGUUCCUGGCUCAGCUACAGUUCAACCGGAUCUACCUCGUGGCCUCCGUUGGGCGGGAAACCAUGCGGAGGAGUUUCGCUGCCGCCUCGUGCUCUUCGGACGGCUCGGUGAAAGCGGUGCUUCGUUGCGCCGCCUGCCCGUUCCGGAGAUGGCUGCGCCGCCAACCUUCGGGCUCGGCCAUCGCAUCUUCAUAUCCCAGGGCCUUUGCUGCGACGGGCCUUUGCUGCGACGGGCCUUUGCUGCGACGGGCCUUUGCUGCGACGUUGUGCUCUUCAGGCGGCACUAGAGUCCUCCUUCGCAGUGGACUUCCGCUAGCAGCGCCGAGCGGACGCGCGAGACUGUGAUUGAAAUAAAGGAAGCCUUUGAAAGA